UUAAUUGCACGCUCCGUGGAACAAACACUGCGUAAAAGUCAAUGGCCCUUUAGUACCUGUUUGCUGUUUCGCACGCGUCUGCACACGUCUACAUUGGUGUGUAUUCUCUGGUCUAUUUCUUGAUCUAUUUCAACGUCUUGGAGCACUGUCCGACAUCUAACAUGAGGGACGAACGACUUUAUCGACUGUUUUUAAAUUUCGCCAGUCGUUCAGUUGGUACUUGAAGCUUUUGUUUUCCUUCCAUGAAUACCUAAGCUUUUGGCGUCAAUUUCUUACACUCACUUCAAAGUCGCAACCAUUUUCUUCAGUUGAGGACAAACUUUAUUUUUAUUGCAAUACGAGUGGCAGUGAAAAUGACAAUGGUGCGGCUUGCGUGGGACCUGUUCUCUUCAUUUGAGCGUUAGUGUCGGUAUGUGGCGUCAAGACGACGGAUAAAGAAGAGACGUCUUCAUGGCACCUUUCGUCGGAAGUUAUGCCUUUCAAGGAUGCCAGUCGAUUCAGCUGAAGACGAGCUCGAUGUUCGACGAUGAAAAGAACUAUAGCUGGUCUUCAGGUGAGCUGUUUGAACGGCCUCCUUCUGCUCGCGGCAUUCUUUUUCGCUCUGGCCGGCUUCUCGGGAAUCUGCGGCGGCCUCUUGUACGGGACGUCUCACAUGUUCACUAUGGUCGGCGACGCCCACCUGGUCAACCCAGAGACGGCCUCCAGCUUCACGAAGAAGCUGGACGCCAAGUUCGACAGCUUCAGAAACAGCAGCGCAGCCAAGGGCAAGCUGCUCAAGGAGAUGGGAAUGAUUACUUUCUAUGUAACAGGCGGCCUGGCAGCACCAGGCGUCAUCUUCCUCUUCUUGGCGGGCAUCGAGUUCUGUCGCACGUUCAUCAACUCCCUUGGUGAAGAGCCUCCGCCUGAGGUGGUCCCCGUCGCCGCGCCGAUGAUGCUCGAACCUCAGGAGUCCCUGACGUGCUGUGCGACCGCUUGUUGUCCAGAUAACGAUAUUUGUUGUCAUAUGACGUGUGCAGAGCCGACGGUGGAGUGCUGCUGCUGCUGCUGCGCCUCAGUCUGCUGUCCUGACUCGGAUACGUGCUGCGCUAUAUGAUUGAGAUUGUGCUUGGCCAACCUGGCCCAUAUUCACGUCGAAGGCUAAGGCGGAACCGUCAGUACGAGGCCGCUUCGUAAGCUAUGUCCACAGUGAGAUGCCUGCGAUUCUCUUCUUGCGAUACAGUGCGAUGCCUGCGAUACAGUGAGUCAGGGACUCUUCUCAGAGUGGCCGACUUGCAGUGACCAUGUUUGCAAGUGCGGUGUGUUUCGUCAUGUCAUAUGCUGAUAUCAAGAAAAUGAAACAUGCAAUGUGUAUCUACCUUCAAUACACGCGUUUUGUAAAACA